AUGGAUAUAUAUUUCGUACGCCAUGGUGAAAGCACAUAUAAUGUUAAUCCAUUAGAUGAUUCUAUUGAUUGUCCAUUAACAACAUUAGGAGUUGAACAAUCAAUAAAAUUAAAACCUUGCUCAUAUCCAAAUCAUUAUUCAUUAAUAAUUUGUUCGCCUUUACGUCGUUGUAUUGAUACAAUAAAAUUAUCAAAAAUAACUUGUGAUCACUUCGAAAUAAAUGAUUUAUUUCGAGAAAUUCGUUCUGGCUCAAAAUCCGAUCUAUUAAAUGAAAAUGAAAAAAAUUUAUUUGAAAAUGAACAAGAAAUAAAACAAAGAAUUAAUCAAAUAAAUAGUUAUUUAUUAGAAAAGAAAAAAUUAAAUAUCUAUUCAAAUAUAUUAAUUGUAACACAUGGUGAUUUAAUUUGGAAUUUAACUGCUUAUCAAAUAGAUGAUGAUUUAUUUGGAAAGUGGGUAGAGAAUGCACAAUUAUUACAUUGGAAAAAAAUUUAA